CUGAUUGGUGUGAGAGAAACAGAAGAAGUGCCUCCUCAAAACCCUAACUCGUCAAACCUUCUUCCUCUUGCCGCUGCCACUACUACUACUUGGACCUUCAAGCGUUUCCAAAUCUUCUCGAGAGACCAAAUCUCCACCGCAACUAUGGCCACUUCCGCCGCUGCGCCGCGCCAGCUCUCUCAGAAGGAGCAAGACAUCCAGAUGAUGCUUGCGGCUGAGGUGCAUUUGGGAACCAAAAACUGCGACUUCCAGAUGGAACGCUAUGUCUUCAAACGCCGCAAUGAUGGUAUUUACAUAAUUAACCUUGGCAAGACAUGGGAGAAGCUCCAACUUGCUGCUAGGAUUAUUGUCGCCAUCGAGAAUCCGCAGGACAUCAUUGUUCAGUCUGCUAGGCCAUAUGGUCAGAGGGCAGUCUUGAAAUUUGCCCAAUACACCGGUGCAAAUGCAAUUGCUGGAAGGCACACUCCUGGAACAUUCACUAAUCAGAUGCAGACAUCCUAUAACGAGCCUCGCCUUCUUAUUCUGACUGAUCCAAGGACUGAUCAUCAGCCCAUUAAGGAAGGUGCUCUUGGAAAUAUUCCAACAAUUGCCUUUUGCGAUACUGAUUCUCCAAUGCGGUAUGUUGAUGUUGGCAUUCCUUAUUAGAUAAUUAUGUCAACUUUUCAUGUGUAGGUGGAUCUAUUCUUCUAUAGAGAACCUGAAGAGGCCAAGCAACAAGAGGAGGAGGAAGCACCAGCUGCCCCAGAAUAUGCCAUUCAAGACUUCGGUGCUGCUGGCAUUGCCGGUUUCCCCACAGCUGAUGGUGAAUGGACGGCUGUCACAGAACAACCCUGGCCCGAGGCAGUUCCACAACAACCUAUUGCAGCUGCGCCUGCUGAUUGGGCCCCAGAUACUUCUGCAGCUGCAGGUGAUUGGGAACCGGUUCCAGCUCCUCAGCCUUCCGUUCCGGCACCCGGAGCUGUUGCUCCCACUGGUUGGGAAUAGGAUGAGUAUGGGAUUUUCUUUUGUUUAGGAUAGAUGCAUCAUUACCUGUAGGUUUGAUAUUUGAAGUUGUAAAAUUUUGAUUUAGCAUACUGAUACUUGGUUUGUUUCAACAAUUUAAUUGUUCCGUUGCGACCGCUAAUGGUACUGAAGUUUGCUGAGACAAAAGAAUAUGUCGGGAUAACCUUACAAGAUCACAUUUUGCAUAUUGACCUAUUAUCUCAA